AUGUCUUCUCCAAAAGGAAUUGUCCUGAUAAUCGCAGAGGAAACUGCCCGUGUAGAACACAUUCUCGAAAGCGUGCCUUUUAUGGCAGGAACAGAGAUCAAGACUCGCUUUCUCAACACAUACAAGCUUUCGUACGCCGAUAUUCGACGCUUGAACGUUUCGGAAGAAACAUGGGAACAAUACGAUCAAAUCCCAGCCAGCAAGCUUCUCAAGCUCUCAAUCUCGUUGGGCAACCUAUUGGAAGCAUUCAAAAACGAGAAGGUGAGCGUGGAGACCCGCCUUGCUCGCUUGAAGUUGAGCAAGAAGCCUCAGACCGCAGACCCAUUUGACGAAGGCUUUUCGGCCAGCAAACCUACGCUGCUCCCGAUAUACUAUCUCAAUUUGGCCCGUAAUCUUGCCGUGAUUCUCCGAAACUUCGAUAUCGGCACUCAGAUCGCUCCACUGAAGCAGCUCCAGCGCCAUUUAUCACAUCUACUGGUGUACUCCAAGAACGACACUGAUGAUGCAGCCACCAUCAAUAGCGUCGGAACUCCUGCUGAGCGGGUAAUUUCUGCCUCGAGUAAAUCGCCAAUUAAACUCAAUUCGCGCCAAAUGCUCAUUGAGAAGUUGGAGAUCAAUAUUCACCUAGACGCCAUGUUUACCAUGAAGAUAGUUCUCAAGAUCCUCAUGGAAUUGUUUUUGACUCUUGGCCAGCCCUGGUCAAACAAGGAGAUUGGCGAGGAAGAUCUCGUGCCGCAACCACCCAAUACAAGUGCUUCGUCGCUUUUCUCUGUGGCUACAGGUGGGUCAGACUCUCUCAGCUCACAGGACUACGUCAACUUGGUGCUGAGCAUCUUCACGCAGAUCAAUGCUGGAAUUGUCGGACCAUUUACUUCUCUUCUACAGACAAAAGUGGUGGAGCCACGUGUUAUUGGAGGUUUCCAGAACCUCCUCAGCACUAUGUAA